GGUCGAACUCGAACUCGCGAUAGCGCGACCUGGCACGUUGGAACGCCGCGAUUUCAAGCCCGACGGCGUUCAGUGCAACCACGACUUUUGACAAACAUGGCUCGUCCUGUUGACAGAUCGAAAUGGCGGCGAAGAAAAUUUAUAAAACCACCUCCAGACGACGACAAUGAUUGCGCCAGUCUUGCGUGGCUUCUUAACUUUAGACUAGAUGAGUUUGUGAACGUAAAAGUGCCUGAUGAUGAGCCUGAUGUGGAUCCUGAACCAACGGUGGUGAGGAAGCCUCCCUAUACGUACCCGGAGCUGAUUGAACGGGCGUUAAGAGAGAAAGGAGAGUUGACGGUGUCUGCUAUAUACCAAUGGAUCUCCGAUCGCUUCCCCUACUACAAGACGAACGACGAGCGUUGGAAGAACUCAGUGCGCCACAACCUGUCCAUCAACCCCCACUUCAGGAAGGGAGCGCGAGCUCCCCACGGCGCGGGGCACCUCUGGUCCCUCGCCGCCAACGCCAUUGACCUCCUACCUUUAAGAAACCAGCGGGUGGACGAGGAAGUCCAUGAAGCGCACAUAAUUGAAUGCCCCAAGGUUAUCGUCCUGGACGAGGCGGCGAUAGCAGCGGCCAGCAUUAUUGCUGAUCAAGAUUUAUUCUCAGGCAGUACGAUGUUUCUGAACCCAGUGUCGACGGAACAGGUAGUUCGCGAGUGUGGACUCAUCACUGUAGACUAAUGGAUUCAAUCCUGCGUAAACCACAACUGAACGCCACAGUAAAACUCCAGUGUCGUAU